AUGACCACGUUAGAAAGGACUUUUCGGCUGUUGGACGCUCUGGGACUGUUCAUCGUCACUCGAUUUCCAUUUAUCGAGUUAUUUCUGCUUCUUAUGUCCACCGGAGAACGAGCUGAAAAAGCUCCAGGGCUUAAGAUAACGAGCUUCAAGGACACGUUGAGGCAAGAGUACAUUCUCGUGUACUUGAAUGCCGCGAUCUUCUUUGUCUGUGGAACGGGAAUGACCUUGGAUAUCAAAAGAAGGAAAUGUGGCUUUGCUGCACUUUUGCACGCAAUAGUUUAUACAGCGGUGACUCUUUAUCAAACAGAGCGUUACUCGGAAUUUUUGAUUGUAAGUGCUUGAAGAACAAUGGUCGUGACUUAUUGUUAUAACUGGUGUGUAACGUAAUGUUACACGAUUCACUUUCAAUCAAGAAUAUUUAUGGUGUUUUGUUGGUUAAAAAAAACUCUCUGUUGGUAAUGUUCAGUGAAAAAUCGGGCUGGGUGACACGUCUGCAUAAAAAUGUAGAUGAAAGUUAAUCAAAGUUUGCAUAAUUUAUCAAGAUUAUCAGGUAGCCCCCUGGUACUGAAUUGAGACGUUGUGAGGGUUGUGCUUUGUUUUACUUGUACCUCUUCUGUUUAUAGAGGCACUGGAUGGAAAAAACAUGAAAACUAUAAACCACAAACUGAAAAAUCUCUUUUCCUAGCUUCAGACUUAAAACUUCAAAGGACUAUAUUAUCCAAAGUAAAGCCAGAAGAGAGUCAUGAAAUCUGACUGAACAGCUCUUUUCCUCUCUUUAGAAUAAGAUGUGAAGUUUCUUCCAGAUACUGAAUAUUGCUGCUUGUGAGCUGUGGGUUUAUACAUCUUUGUUAGGGGGUUUUAGGAGAGGGUAUCAAUGGGACGGUAUAGCUUUGACGGUGGAUGGUUCAUUUUUUCCAGUUUUGACGGAUAGUGGUUAAAUUUCUCAAGCUUUUGACAGUUGAUGAUUAUCAAGUGAAAUUUGGUUGAAAAGUUUAGGUUAAUAUUACCUUCUGCAUAAGUUAAUAGUAACUUUUGUUCUGGAGAAUGUCUUGGACUUUCACUUACAAAAUUUCAAAAUAUUUUCAGAUAUAAGCAAGUGGUAAGGUGAUGUAGUGUCUAGUAUCCAGAGAAAGUGUUUUUCGAAACAUGGAUACUGAUUUUUCCAGUUUAGAGAUUCUUCAGAAACCAGAAGUCAAUUAUGAUCAGCUGAAAUUGCAAGAUUAUAAAUAUCUCGAAACAUUUGACGGUUAAUAUUUAUCUGCAUUUUUGAUGAUUGAUGGCUAAAAAUUACCUGUUUUGACGGCUGAGGAUUAAAUUUUAGGCCGUUUGACGGCUGAUGGUUAACCUCAUUGAGACCUUCUUAGGAAGGCUUACAUCUGAUUGAGCUUAAAGCCGGAAUAUAAAAAGCGCUUUGCAACAAGAUAUAGUAGGGCUGAUCAAAACAGGUUUUGCUUUUACUGGUUUUUAAUUAAACCUCAAAACAUUACCAUAAAUCAAAUUCAAGAAAACAACAGCUAAUGGGGGCUUAUAUCUGAUGGGGCUAAUAGUCAGUUGUACUUGUUUUUGCUUACAGGUGAAAUGAGUAAACCUGGAACUGGGAGAAAUAAAGCAUUAUGAGCAGAUGGGGGAUAGAUUUCUAAACAACUUGCAUCUUAAUAGAUUAAGCUUGUCUCUUUGAAAUGAUUAGAAACAGAAUUUGCACUAUUAAAAGAUUGCAAUAUAAUCAUUUUUUCCCUCUUUUUGCCCAGGUCAGGAUGGCAUUUAGAACUGCAGCUGUAUGUGCUGGAUAUCUGUUUGUUGCUGGUGGACUCACAGACAGCAAAAAAGGUCAUGCAACCGUGACACAAGCUCUGCAAUUAGCUCGACAAAUUCUUGCAUUUUAUCUGUUCUGUAAUGCUUACAUGGUGUGGGCGAGUGACGAGGAUCGCCUUGCACAUAUUAAGAACAUUCCUGGUGGUCAGAUCAUGAUCUUUAUAGUGAUUGCACUCUAUGUCAUUCCUGGACUCUGUAUUUAUGGUGGAUUUGAGGCAGGUUACUUUGCACGAAUUGUU